AUGGAGCGGCACGUGGCGCCGGCGACGCGCGCGCUCGCCGCCGUGCUGCUGUGGAAGCCGGCGUCGGCGGGCCGCCUCUACCACGCGGCGACCGCCGCCUGCAGCGCCGCGGCGCUCUCCCUGCUGGCCAGCGUGGCCGCCGCGCUGCCCGCGCUCUGGGCCAGCGGGGACGUCACCACCUUCUCCAUGAACGCCUACAUCUGCUUCGCCGUGUUCGCCGCACAGGUGAAGGUGUCGACGUUCGGCUACUGGGGCGGCCCGCAGCGGUUGGUGGCGCAGCUGGCGGCGGAGCGGCGCGCCGCCGCGGCGGCGGAGGCGGCGCUGCCCCCGGGCCGGCCGGAGCGCAUGCUGGCGCAGUCGGGCGCGCUGCUGCGGCGCGCCGCCGCCGCCUUCUACCUGUGCGGACACCUCAUGAUGCUCGCCUGGCACCUGCUCUUCGACGCGUGGUUCCCCUUCGACCCGGUGCCGUCGCCCAACUACGAGCUGGCGCUGCUGUACCAGUCGGUGACGCUGUACAUCGCCUUCAUCACGACGGCCGUCAUCGACGUCUUCUACGUCAGCGUCAUGGUCUACCUGGGCGUCGAACUGGAGAUUCUCAACGAGGCGGUCGCCAGGAGUUGCCGGCCGUCCGAGGAGAAGGGCGACGACGACGACGACUGCUCCCUGCUGAUUGGCUGCGUCAGGCACCACCAGGCGCUCAACAGAUGCGUUAACACCCUACAGGAAGUAAUGGGAAUCUCCAUCUUCGUGCAGUUUGUUUUCAACAUGCUUCUGAUCUGUGUGUAUGCAUUCGUACUUACAACGAGGAGGAGCGACUUGAGCACGCUGGCCAAGAUCGGCAUGACCCUGGAGAGCUACCUGUUCGAGAACCUGCUGUACUGCUGGUACGGCAACAACCUGAUGGAGCAGAGCGAGCGGCUGCCCUUCUCGGCGUACAGCAGCCGCUGGCCGGACGGGGGGCGCCGCUUCCGGCAGGCGCUGCGCAUCCUGGCCGUGCGCGCCGCCCGGCCGCUGCGCGUCACCGUGGGCGGCCUCUACACGCUCUCCAGGCAGACCUUCCUGCACAGAAUAAUGAAACCAAAAUAUGGAGACAACAUGGAGUUGUGUUAUCAAGAUACAGUCAGUUAUAUCUACAAUAUAGAAACUGAAGAUUUCUAUGAAGUCACGAAAAUAAUGAUUGAUACAUUUGAUACAAGUGGUUAUCCUGAAAAUAAUAUUUGUGGUAUUCCAGAAGUAAACAAGAGAGUUUUAGGAAAAAUGAAAGAUGAAUCCAAUGGAAAAAUAAUGCAAGAAUUUUGUAGUUAA